GCAUCACGAUUCUUGUUUUGACACGCUACCAUCCACCACUGGCGGCGACAUCGCAGAUGGGAACUCAGCUUACAUCAUACUUCCGCGCGAAGUCUCCACUACACCCGCCAUCUUAUACAGCGUCGAGACCACUUCGAAGAGGACGAGGACCGCCCAAAGCAGCUGAACUGUAAGCGCAGGACCAGGAUGUCAGACCACACCUCACCAUGCCCACGCGAACACCAAGAACGACUCGCUUGGCGAUAAGCUGCGUGUACGGAACAAUACCCGGAGCAGCGCAGACAAGAGUGGUAGCUAUACCUGGACCGUUGGUGGAGACGGAGGGGUAGCAAUUACGUCUGAUUUGACGUGCUCAUCGAGCUGUAAUGGAGUACCUGCAGCUUCCAUCCGUGGACUUCUGGACUCGGCACGCGCCUCUGUCUGUUGUCUGAUGACCGGUUGAUCUACUCCGUGUAGACGGACAAGAGGUGGACGAAGGGCUGGACAGGAGCAGAUUGACCUCGCGAGGCCUAGGAGAAUUGUCUACGGUGCUCCUACACCUCCAUCCGGUGAUAUCUGCUGGACAUCGGUUAGCGCAAUCCCGACCACGCGACACUCCUCCAUGUGUGCGUCGCCAGCCGCGCUACAGCUGCAAUCCUCACGUCCCACUUAGAAGUCUUGGAAGGGCAUCGCUGCACGUCUUGGGUGUUCUUGUGAAUCUUGGGAGGCAUCACUCUCCGGCCGAGUCAUUAUCCCACGAUCUGCCCCCGACUCCUCGGAUGCGUGGCCUCACUUCCUUCGCUGAGAGCUACCACUCGACGUUUCUCUACUCCGACGAACGACGCCCCAUCGCCAUCUCCACAGUCACGAUGCCUGCUCGGAACAGACCGCGCCGGCCGGCCAUGUACAACACGCCUCACAUCCGGAAUGGAGGAUUUGGCGUUCUACAAGUGGAAGCCGUCACCAAUAGACCCGCAUCGAUCCAGCGACGGCAUCUGGCCGCAAGUCAACUCCGCAUGCGCGAUAUCGAACCUGACGAAUUGAGCUCGUCGGAAUGGGUGCGCUUCUUGGUGAUGGAGUCGCGAGAACGGGAACGAUUCAUCGCCGACUUCGUCAGACAGCGGCGAGACAGCAGCGCCAGCAGCUCGAGUACACCAUCAACCGACAUCGAUCGUGAAGUGGCGUACGACAAAGCAGAAGAGGCGAGGCUGGAGGCUGAAGACGCGAGGAGAGAGGAGCAGCGCGCGAUGGAUCCUACAAGGUCGCCCUCGCCUCCUAUGGCUGGUGGCACGAGCAAUUCACGAGGUACAACACCUUUCGUCAGCAUAUGGGCGAGGCACAUCGAGGAGAUUGAGCGGGCCGAGAGCGAAGGCACUGUCUAUACACCACGAAGGCCAAUGCACACAAGACGCGCAGCUGGCGAUGAAGAAGCGCCGCCCGCGUACAACAGUAUUAUUCCACCUGGUGAAGCCCCUCCAGCCUAUUCGCCAACGUCGGACGACGAGGGGUCUGGAUCUGGUCCGUCCAGGAGAAGCAGGAUUAGGCGAUUCAGCAGUCAGUACCUGAACCGGUUCUGAUCUUUGCAAUACCGCAAAGCAGGUGAAUCAUCGGAGAUGCAUUUGUAAAUGGUGUUUUGGUCGAUAUUGAUUUUUACUCGCGAUGCAUGCAUUGGGUCCUACUGGCAGUCAGGCAGGCACUAGGCUGGGAUAGACGGGACAUCCUUCUGACUCCCCUUCACGAAGACACGAGCAUCAUGAACUGCACGAAUGAUGUGUGUGCGCCACGAAGCUCUGCUGAUGCUAAGUAUGAUGAUGUUAGAUGGAGAACGUAGCUACUACUAUAGCUCAGAC